AUGUUUGAAACUAAAAUUGGAAAAAUUAAGGAUAGUCCUCAUAAUCCAGAUGAUAACUCUUGUCUUGUAGCCACCCCGUAUCAAACGUGUUCAUUGCCACAACAUCUUUCUGUUGAUAUAUCUAAACCACUCUGUGGAUUGGCAUUGCUCCUGCAAGUGCCGGUUAUUUGUAACCCUGCCACUGGAGAGUUACUAACCUUACCCAAUGUUCUUCUAGAAGAAAAAAACUUACCCAACCCCAAGGAGAUUUCAAAAAUUUAUCACUUAGGAUAUGAUCCGGUCGGAAAACAGUUCAAAGUGUUGUGUAUGACCUUUUCAUCACAUGAUGAAAGAGUAACCACUCAUCUGGUUUUGACGCUAGACUCUCGAAAGCCUUUAUGGAGAAAGGUGGAACGCAAAUUCCGUUUUGUGAGAAACCGUAGAAUGUUAUCUGGCCCAUUCUUGUUUGACUGGAUUCAAGAAGUAGAACCAGAAACACACAAAGAAGAGACUAUAGCCUAA